UAGUGUAGUAUUUGUGUUGCACAGUACUCAGAGCUAUACGGCACAAGACGGCGCGUGAAUAUACAGUGUCGAGUCAGCGUAUGAAAUAAGCCCACCGCAGCAGUCGUCAGGCUAGCUAGCGAGACACUAGCACGAACAGAGAACGAUUACGAUAAUUUUUUUUUAGAAUUUCCAUAAUAAAAUUAUAUAUAUUUUAAGAGAUUUUUUUGUACAACGAAUUUAACAAAACGCAGAAAAAAUAUCAGUGCUCGAAAAAAUAUAUUAAAAUUAUUAAAAAAAAAAUAAAUUGAGUGCGCUUUACGUCGUAAAAUGCUGCCGUGGAUUCUCUUGAUAUGUAUUACGGCAAUUAAGUGAACAAAAACUAUUGAAAACGUACAAGCAUAGUUACAGUGGUGCGCUGUUGUUUUAUGGUUCUAAAUAAGCAGCUUGAAAGUGUGAAAAAUAUCACCGAGCAGCUGUUGUGCUUCCUUGAAAAUCGCCGCAGCGAAAGACUUUUCCGCCUUUUUUCGCACGCCGAAUGUUCGAAGAACGCGCGCAACAUAAUCCUUAUCAGCCGACAACUUCUCAACCAUCUUAACGUACAAGCAAACAUACAAACAUACAUACAUACAUACAUACGUGGAUAUGAUUGAGUGUAUGUAAGUGUAUCGUCUGCAGCAAACAUACAAGAAGAUAAUAAAAAAUGCAGCCAUGGGCAACGUGCGAUAAAUAAUUUAAAAAAAACAACAAAGAAAUCGCGUAUGCAAAGAUUUUCUGCUAUUUUUAGUAAAAAGGAAAUCCUUAGCGGCAAUUCGGCGUGGACAGCUGGCAGAAGUUGUGUCGGCCGUGAAGUAGCACAUCCCGGUGUUGCCAACGAUUUCAACGAUGAGGAUGCCAAGAAAUAUUACACGUACUACCAAUGGGUCUGCUUUGUACUCUUCUUUCAGGCCAUUGCUUGCUACACACCCAAAUUCUUGUGGGACAGAUUCGAAGGCGGACUCAUGCGCAUGAUCGUCAUGGGUCUAAAUCUGACGAUUUGCACACGUGAAGAGAAGGAAGCUAAACGUGACGCAUUGCUGGACUACCUAAUCAAGCACGUGAAGCGUCAUAAACUCUAUGCUAUCCGUUAUUGGGCCUGCGAGGCAUUAUGCUUCAUCAAUAUUGUCAUUCAAAUGUAUUUGAUGAAUCGUUUCUUCGAUGGUGAAUUCAUGUCCUAUGGCACACGUAUUAUGCAAUUAUCCGAUGUGCCGCAGGAACAACGUAUCGAUCCCAUGGUUUACAUAUUCCCGCGUGUCACCAAGUGUAUCUUCCAUAAAUAUGGUGCUUCCGGUUCGCUACAGAAGCACGACUCACUCUGCAUACUGCCGCUUAAUAUUGUAAAUGAGAAGACUUAUGUAUUCAUUUGGUUCUGGUACAUGAUCAUGUUGGCGCUUUUGAUUGGUCUAUUGAUCUUCCGCGCCUGCAUUAUCUUCAUGCCGAAAUUCCGACCUCGCCUACUCAAUGCCCGCAAUCGUAUGGUACCUAUGGAAAUCUGUCGUUCACUCUCGCGCAAACUAGACAUUGGCGAUUGGUGGCUUAUCUACAUGUUGGGUCGCAAUUUGGAUCCUGCCAUCUACAAAGAUGUGAUGAGUGAAUUUGCCAAGCAGGUGGAACCUUCGAAGCAUGAUCGUACUAAGUAAGAUUUGUGAGAAAGGCAGUCAGUAGUAGAACUGGAGUAGUAGAACGAUUAACUCUGUCAAAGUGAAAAUUCAGCCUGAAGUCCAAAAAGGUAUAUAUUGGACGUAUGUAGUUUUGUUUUUAAAUACAUUGUAAUGUCACUCAUUGACGAUCAGUACGCCCAUAAAAUGACAAUCUGAUGUAGUUCUGUGAUUAAGAUAUUUUCUACAAUUCUAUUUAGUAAUUUAAAACAAUCGAAGAAAAUCUUAUUUACAAAAAUAUUACAAAAAAAAAAAAUGCUAAAAAGUCAAUGAUCACAACUCCAACCGGUAAUAAACUAAACUAAGCAAGUUUGCAAUGUACAACUGUAAAAAAUAUUUUUAGCAUACCUACAUACAUACAGCUAUAAUUAAAUAUGUAGUGAGUUCGUAGGAAUAUACAUACAUUAAAUAUAGGAUUUGAAAUUUAGUAAA